AUGUAUUCCGUGCUUUGUCGUCCUGCUCUCCAGAGCUCCAGAAUAAUGGCCCGGCAGAUGUCUUCUGCUUCGCGCCGUGGCGGGUUGCGGUUUUCCGUGGCCAAGCCGCUGUUGGCAGUCUCGUUUGCCGGUCUGGUUGGCUAUUCUCUUGCCACCCCGAUCUUGAUGGAUUCCCCAGUCAGCGCCGACAAGUUGGCAGAAAAGGCCGAGAAACCGGUCGACAAGACCGAGCCAGACGAGGAGAAGGGCGCCUACGACCCAGAAACAGGCGAGAUCAACUGGGACUGUCCUUGUUUGGGAGGAAUGGCCCACGGUCCAUGUGGUGAAGAGUUCAAGGCUGCGUUCUCCUGUUUUGUUUACUCGAAGGAGGAACCAAAGGGAAUAGACUGUGUGGAGAAGUUCAAGGGCAUGCAGGAGUGUUUCAAGAAGUAUCCAGAGGUUUACGCUGAGGAACUUAGAGAAGACGAUGAGUAUGGCCAGGUUCCGGAAGCUUCUGCUACCGAGGAAGUUGUCGAGGUUGUCACUGUGACACAGUCGCAAGACGUUGCCGAGGAGGAACAGGUCGCCGAGGCCGUCGAGAGUGCCACCGGAGUUCCAGCAGAAAUCAUCGAGGAGACACUAGAAACCGUUACCAAAUAA